AUGCAAUCUUCGCCCCGUGCUCGUACGUCCCCGUCUGUUUCGGGCUCGACGCCUGGCUCUCUGAACGAUUUGUUCAUUCCCCCCUCGCCUGUGCCCAACCGGAAGAGCGCGCGCCUGGCGUCCCAGGAUGCUGGGUCCGUCCGCACCUUCCUCGCGGCCCGCGGCGUCGUGCCAGGUUCGGUCCCCUCCCUGCACGACACGGUCACCCUAGACGACGGGUGCCGCUCCGAUCUGGACUUCUGGUCGCGCCUGCUGGACCGCUGGAACGGCGUUUCGUUCUUUUACGACAAUAUCAUCCGGUCCUCCGACGAUCUCCGCUUCUACACGGACGCUGCCCCUUCCAGGGACAGCGGCAUACAGCUGGGGUCACAUGGACCACAGGCGCUGCUACACGCCUGA